UUUGUCGUGUGUAGCCUUUACACCACACCAUAUAUGAAAAGCCGUGGGAAAAAAAACUAUACACUUCUUGCCGAAACUACUGGCGUUGCCAUGUUGGGAAUCACCUUGCCUGAACGCGUGUUUUGCAAUACUCCCAACAACUGGCACUGCAUCUGCCAGCUGGGUACCUGGAAUUGGCCCGCAACACGGACCUUGAGCACACGAGUGCGGCCCGCACAAUAUCGGAGACCAUCAUGUUCGUGUUCUGUUGAACAGGCGGUGACGGGCGAUCGAGUACAGCAGAGGGGAUGAUGCAACGUAGAUGCUUGGAAGUUGUGCCACUCAAUCCCAUCCUUCUGGGACCGACCACUACCAGAGCAGCGGAACAUUGUUCCGGACAGGUGUCACCCUGUCAAAGGUCUUCUGGGGUGUUGUGCUUAUUCUGGUUCUGGGGUAUACACUGGUGUCGGCCUUCGUACCCGGUGGCACCUCGACUAGCGUGGGGGCAUGUCAGAUCUCAUCUAGAUCUGUCCGCAAGCCAUCGCAUCCUCCAAACCACGAUGCAAUCCUUUUGCGCCCCUGGGUAUACAGGCAUGCGCCCCGCCCAUAAGGCGGUAUGUUCAACAGCAAUAAUAACAACAACCUGUGCACUAGGGGAGGGCAAGUGCUACCGGUUCUCCUUCCCGCGUUACUUACAUCCACACACACGCGCGCGUGCGCAUCACCACGAUUUGAACUACAUCAUCAGAUCGCCCCACUAUGUCCCCGUCUCCACUCGUUCCCACCCAGAAUGAUACUCACUACCCUGAUUCAUGCCCUCCAAAUUUCUUCUGUCCUUUGAU